CCGCGAUGGCGCCGCUCCUGGGCCGCAAGCCGUUCCCGCUGGUGAAGCCGCUUCCCGGCGAGGAACCGCUCUUCACUAUCGCGCACACUCAGGAGGCCUUCCGCACCCGGGAAGAGUAUGAAGCCCGCUUGGAAAGAUACAGUGAGCGCAUUUGGACAUGUAAGAGUACUGGAAGUAGUCAGCUAACACACAAGGAGGCCUGGGAGGAGGAACAGGAAGUUGCUGAACUUUUGAAGGAAGAGUUUCCUGCCUGGUACGAGAAACUUGUUCUGGAAAUGGUUCACCAUAACACAGCCUCCUUAGAGAAGUUAGUAGAUACUGCUUGGUUGGAGAUCAUGACCAAAUAUGCUGUGGGAGAAGAGUGUGACUUUGAGGUUGGGAAGGAAAAAAUGCUCAAGGUGAGGAUUGUGAAGAUUCAUCCUUUGGAGAAAGUGGAUGAAGAGGCCACUGAGAAGAAAUCUGAUGGUGCCUGUGAUUCUCCCUCAAGUGACAAAGAGAAUUCUAGCCAAAUUGCUCAGGAGCAUCAGAAAAAGGAAGCAAUUUUAAAAGAGGAUGAAGGGAGAAGAGAGAAUAUUAAUGACAGAGCACGUAGAUCUCCACGAAAACUCCCUACUUCAUUAAAAAAAGGAGAAAGGAAAUGGGCUCCUCCAAAAUUUCUGCCUCACAAAUAUGAUGUGAAACUACAAAAUGAAGAUAAGAUCAUCAGUAAUGUACCAGCAGACAGCUUGAUUCGGACAGAACGCCCACCAAAUAAGGAGAUACUUCGAUACUUUAUACGGCAUAAUGCCUUACGGGCUGGCACUGGUGAAAAUGCACCUUGGGUGGUAGAAGAUGAAUUGGUGAAGAAGUAUUCCCUACCUAGCAAGUUCAGUGACUUUUUACUUGAUCCAUACAAGUAUAUGACUCUCAACCCUUCUACUAAGAGGAAGAAUACUGGAUCCCCAGAUAGGAAGCCCUCAAAGAAAUCCAAGACAGAUAACUCUUCUCUGAGUUCGCCACUAAAUCCUAAGUUAUGGUGUCAUGUACACUUGAAGAAAUCCUUGAAUGGCUCACCACUUAAAGUGAAGAACUCAAAGAAUUCCAAAUCUCCAGAAGAGCAUCUGGAAGAAGUGAUGAAGAUGAUGUCAACCAAUAAACUACAUGCUAACUUUCACAUUCCCAAGAAAGGCCCACCUACCAAGAAACCAGGGAAGCACAAUGACAAACCUUUGAAAACAAAGGGCAGAAGCAAAGGCAUUCUGAAUGGACAGAAAUCCACAGGUAAUUCCAGAUCUCCAAAAAAGGGCCUGAAGACUCCUAAAACCAAAAUGAAGCAGAUGACUUUGUUGGAUAUGGCCAAAGGCACUCAGAAGAUGACACGAACCCCACGGAAUUCUGGGGGUACACCCAGGUCCUCUAGUAAACCUCAUAAACAUCUGCCUCCUGCAGCCCUACACCUUAUUGCCUACUACAAAGAAAACAAAGACAGGGAGGACAAGAAGAGUGCCCUGUCCUGUGUUAUCUCCAAAACAGCCCGUCUUCUCUCUAGUGAAGAUAGAGCUCGUCUCCCAGAAGAAUUGCGAAGUAUUGUUCAAAAACGCUUUGAGCUUCUAGAGCACAAAAAAAGAUGGGCCUCUAUGUCUGAAGAGCAACGCAAGGAAUAUUUGAAAAAGAAACGAGAGGAGUUAAGAGAAAAGUUGAAGGAGAAAGCCAAAGAGCGGAGAGAAAAAGAAAUGCUUGAGAAACUAGAAAAACAGAAGCGAUAUGAGGACCAAGAGUUAACUGGCAAAAACCUUCCAGCAUUUAGAUUGGUGGAUACCCCUGAAGGACUACCCAACACACUCUUUGGGGACGUGGCCAUGGUUGUGGAGUUCUUGAGCUGUUAUUCUGGACUACUCUUACCAGAUGCUCAGUAUCCCAUUACUGCUGUGUCCCUUAUGGAAGCCUUGAGUGCAGAAAAGGGUGGCUUUUUAUACCUGAAUAGAGUGUUGGUCAUCCUGUUACAGACCUUAUUACAAGAUGAAAUAGCAGAAGACUAUGGUGAAUUGGGAAUGAAGCUGUCGGAAAUCCCUCUGACUCUACAUUCGGUUUCAGAGCUGGUGCGGCUCUGCUUGCGCAAAUCUGAUGUUCAGGAGGAAAGUGAGGGCUCAGAUACAGAUGGCAAUAAAGAUUCAGCACCAUUUGAGGACAAUGAAGUACAAGAUGAGUUCUUAGAGAAGCUGGAAACCUCUGAAUUUUUUGAGUUAACAUCGGAAGAGAAGCUACAGAUUUUGACAGCACUCUGCCACCGGAUUCUCAUGACAUACUCCGUGCAAGACCACAUGGAAACCAGACAGCAGAUGUCUGCUGAGUUGUGGAAGGAACGGCUUGCUGUAUUAAAGGAAGAAAAUGAUAAGAAGAGAGCAGAGAAACAGAAACGGAAAGAAAUGGAAGCCAGAAAUAAAGAAAAUGGAAAAGAGGAGAAUGGGUUAGGCAAAACUGAUAGGAAAAAAGUUGUGAAAUUUGAGCCCCAGGUAGAUAUGGAAGCUGAAGACAUGAUUAGUACUGUGAAGAGCAGACGGCUGCUUGCCAUUCAGGCUAAGAAGGAGCGGGAAAUCCAGGAGAGAGAAAUGAAAGUGAAACUAGAACGCGAAGCUGAAGAAGAACGAAUCCGAAAACACAAAGCAGCUGCUGAGAAGGCAUUCCAGGAGGGAAUUGCCAAGGCAAAACUAGUCAUGCGUAGGACUCCUAUUGGUACAGAUCGAAACCAUAAUAGAUACUGGCUCUUCUCAGAUGAAGUUCCAGGAUUAUUCAUUGAAAAAGGCUGGGUACAUGACAGCAUUGACUACCGAUUCAGCCAUCACCGCAAAGACCAUACUGAGUCUCCUGAUGAGGAUUACUGUCCCCGUAGUAAGAAAGCAAACCUAGGCAAAAAUAUAAGCGUGAACAUACAACAUGGACCAGCUACAGACAUUGCUGUAGAGACCACCAUACCCAAACAAGGACAGAAUCUAUGGUUUUUAUGUGAUAGCCAGAGAGAACUGGAUGAGUUGCUAAAUUGCCUUCACGCUCAGGGAAUAAGAGAAAGUCAGCUUAAAGAAAGACUAGAGAAGAGUUUCUUUAUUUCCCCUCCUGCUUGCCCUUACUUUUCUAGGUACCAGGACAUUAUUCAUUCUAUUCAUCUGGCCCGGAAGCCAAAUUUGGGUCUAAAAUCUUGUGAUGGCAACCAGGAGCUCUUAAACUUUCUUCGUAGUGAUCUCAUUGAAGUUGCAACAAGGUUACAAAAGGGGGGUCUUGGUUAUGUGGAAGAAACAUCGGAAUUUGAAGCUCGGGUGAUCUCUUUAGAGAAACUUAAGGAUUUUGGUGAGUGUGUGAUUGCCCUUCAAGCCAGUGUCAUAAAGAAGUUUCUCCAAGGCUUCAUGGCUCCCAAGCAAAAAAGAAGAAAACUCCAAAGUGAAGAUUCAACAAAGACUGAAGAGGUAGAUGAAGAGAAAAAAAUGGCAGAGGAAGCAAAGGUUGCAUCUGCUCUAGAAAAAUGGAAGACAGCAAUCCGUGAAGCUCAGACCUUUUCCAGAAUGCAUGUUCUACUUGGGAUGCUUGAUGCCUGUAUCAAGUGGGAUAUGUCAGCAGAAAAUGCUAGAUGCAAAGUUUGUCGAAAGAAAGUUUAUCUCCUUGCAGGUGAGGAUGACAAACUGAUCUUGUGUGAUGAGUGUAAUAAAGCCUUCCACCUGUUUUGUCUGAGGCCGGCCCUCUAUGAAGUACCAGAUGGUGAGUGGCAGUGCCCAGCUUGCCAGCCUGCUACUGCCAGGCGCAACUCCCGUGGCAGGAAUUAUACUGAAGAGUCUGCCUCUGAGGACAGUGAAGAUGAUGAGAGCAAUGAAGAAGAAGAAGAGGAAGAAGAGGAGGAGGAGGAAGAAGAUUAUGAGGUGGCUGGUUUGCGAUUGAGACCUCGAAAGACUGGCCGGGGCAAGCAGGGUGUCAUCCCCCCUGUGGCAAGGCCAGGCCGACGACCGGGUAAGAAGCCACAUUCUACCACCAGGAGGUCUCGGCCAAAGGCACCACCUGUGGAUGACACUGAGGUUGAUGAGCUGGUGCUUCAGACCAAGCGGAGCUCCCGGAGGCAAAGCCUGGAAUUGCAGAAGUGUGAAGAGAUCCUCAACAAGAUUGUGAAGUACCGCUCCAGCUGGCCUUUCAGGGAGCCUGUGACCAGAGAUGAGGCUGAGGACUACUAUGAUGUGAUCAGCCACCCCAUGGAUUUCCAGACAAUGCAGAACAAAUGUUCCUGUGGGAGCUACCGCUCUGUGCAAGAGUUUCUUACUGACAUGAAGCAAGUGUUUACCAAUGCUGAGCUUUACAACUGCCGAGGCAGCCAUGUGCUAAACUGCAUGGUGAAGACAGAACAGUGUCUAGUGGCUCUGUUGCAUAAACACCUUCCUGGCCACCCAUAUGUUCGUAGGAAACGCAAGAAGUUUCCUGAUCAGCUUGCUGAAGAUGAAGGGGACAGUGAGCCAGAGACCAUUGGACAGUCUAGGGGACGAAGACAGAAGAAAUAGAGAGGUGGGGCCCUGGUAAGGGAGAGGGAGCUGAGGUUGGGA